UUUGGCUCUUCAGUCAUACGGUCCCGUAACCUCCUGGGCGCAGUCUACUCUCGUCUCCACGGACGCGCUUCUGUCUGGAUAUCGUAGCCCGUUCCCCUUUUCACCUUUGGAUUAUAUCCCUCUGAUGGUUUUCAACACAAACUCGAUGCAUAGAAAUGGGUAAACUGCACUCGAAACAUGCCGCAAUUUGUAAACCAAGGGAGAGCCCGGAAGGCGACAGUUUUGUAGUCAAUGCCUGUUUGGCGAGAAAGGGAAUCGACGACUGGCUCGUGAAGCAGAAAUACUACUGCACGAGCUCGCGCCUCGGGCAACCGGACUGUCACCACAAGAACAACUGCGGUUUGACUGCGCGGGACUCUCUGGAAGAAGCAUGUCCUGAAGGCAUUAGAAAUGAACACUACCGUUUAGAAGUGGCUUUACCCCCAGAGAAAACGGACAGCUGCUGUGUGGAGGAGAAGAUGCAGGAGAGGGACAGCCAAUCUCCCGCAGGGCCCCAGAAGCAGCUCCAGUUUGAAGAGUUGGAGUGUGCCGUGUCUGUGGAGGAGGAUAACAGGCAGGAGUGGACCUUCACCCUUUACGACUUUGACAACAGCGGAAAAGUCACCAGAGAGGAUAUCACCAGCCUGCUUCACACCAUCUACGAGGUCGUGGAUGCCUCUGUCAACCAUUCUCCGAGCAGCAGCAAGACACUCCGGGUCAAGCUCUCUGUGGCUCCUGACUCCAGCCAGCGGUGGAGGAGUUGCACGCAGGGUGCAGCAGACAUGUCCCACCCCAGAGAGAAGAAUGAGAAGAACAUCGAAGACCCCAAGAGUGCAGACAAGAAGAGUCGAGCUCUCUUAAGGCGUCACCACAGUGACCACCACACCCAGCCGGGCUGCCAACGCCACUGUGUGGAUGAGAACCUGGAACGCAGGAACCACUACUUGGACCUGGCAGGCAUCGAAAACUACACAUCCCGUUUCGGAGCCGCCACUACCACAGAGCCGCCAAAGGCGGAGCCUCAGAUUCGGUCAUCCAACCAGACUCGCUCACGCUCCCAUGAACCAGAAAACGGCCACUCACACGUUCACCACCGCCGCCUGCAUUCUAUUGUGGACACUGUUUCUCCAGACAACCUCCACCUCUCCCGUACACGAGGACAAGACUCAGGGAAACACGCCCUCCGCUCUCCUAAGACUCACAGCCGCACGCCUCCUGCGCAGAUCAGCAGCAGGGUAAUGAGAAGCAGAGGUGUGCCCCCUCCCCCAGCACUACCCAGCCAAACCCCCCCUCACCAAUCCUCUGCCCCAUAUCGCAAGCACAAGCAGCGGUCUAAGGACAGCCAGGCUUACAGAGCCUUACAGGGCCCUGUGGCUGCUCCAGGACCAGUUGUGGAGAGGGAGCAGGUGCGGGACAUGCCCAGUGUCUUGCUGUAUGAGGGGGGACUGGCACAAGUGGUGCAGCGGCAUGAGCACCACCACCAUCAUGAACACCAUCACCACUACCACCACUUUUACCAGUCCUGAAUUUCCACCCUGGCUGAAGGGCUCAGCAGUGAGCUCCGUAAACCAACACAGGGCUUCUACACUUUGUGCAGCACUGCAGGGGCUCUGUAGAGGACACAAGACAGAAGGGGGUCAUGGGAGAUUGUUCCCCAGUACUGAGAGGUUAUUAAUCAGUGUUAUUUUGAGGCUGGUCAGACAUUUAAAAGCUGGGGUGUGCAGCAGGACAUUGAUUUAGAGCCACUGUACGACACAGGACUGAGGAUCACAGCUAAGGGGUUAGAGAGGUGGUGCAGUGACAAUUUAUUAAAACAUCCCAGAAGGUUCUCUUCCCCUGAGUCUGUCAUGCUCUGUCUGAUGAAAGACUCCAAACCAGCAACCCAACCCUUCCAGAACAAUAUGCCAAAAGGUUUUUAAGGAAAAGGAGGGAUAAGAGGAAGAAAGACUGCGAUGUAAAGAAUAAAAUAUAUGAAGGAGUAUAGGUGAGAGCAGGGCAUGGUGUGUGCCUGUGUGCGUGUUUGUAUGUGGGUCAGUGUCUGUGUAUGUGUUUGUGCGUGUGUGAAUAUGUGAGUGUCACGACACUGGUGUCUGUUAAAAACCACUUGAAGUGCGCUCAUGGGUGUGUGAGUAUUUAAAGCAGGCUGUCAGGCAGUUUUUUUUUGUUUUUUUUUCAGAUGAAAAUGAAGAUCCUGGUUCAAGCAUGCAAUACACCACAAGCAAAACAUGGAAGAAAAAUGAUGAAAUGCUAUAAAGUAAAAAAACAAAACAAAAAAAAAACAGAGAUCCCAAAUCUGCUGCUACCUCUGAUUUUAUCCUAAUUGUUGUAAAGUUGACUUUGACUAAGAAGAUAUUUUCAAAUUACUUUGGAACUUUUUUUUUAAGAAAAGAAAUUGUGUCACCAUCUGCAGUACUGAAGUGUUGAGAAGCUCCUUACUUUUAUUUACUAAUAUUUACUGUACAUAAGGUAUAUAUAUACUAUCAAUUUUAUAAGCUUUAUUGAUGAUGUGAUUUCUUUGUAUUCACUAUCUCAAGCUUGUAUGUUUCUCUAUCCUACACAACCACAUUUUAUAAAACCACUCUGAGCCUCAUUUUGGUAAAACUGUAUCAGUCACUCACUUUCCAUCCCUCCUCUGUUUCAACAUGUCAUCGCACAAGGAGACGGUCAACUUUCAUCUUGUGAAUUCCAACUCUUAUAUUAAAUCAUCGGUGCUCUGCAAAAGCACAUUACAUUGACCACGGAGCGUUUGUCGAGAUCUUACUGGCUGGUAUUUGCAUACAUAUCGUCUGGCUUUGUUGUGUUAAUGGCUGUCAUGCUGUUCAUUUGGACUUAGAAUUAUUAAAGAUGAAUCAGAAGCAUCUUUAAUUACAACAUGAUUUUCAAUUGUUUAAAAUCAAGUGUUAUUCCAGUUCUUCUGUUUCCUCAAACAGCUAAAUUCCCUUUAAAAUACCUCCAUUUAAAGCUCUUGUGAUGUUCCUUUGUUUUGAAAAGCUGUGUUUUUGUAAACUCAGCAUUUUAAAUCCUGAGACAUUUUCAUAACAAUUAAAAAAAUAAAUAAUGCAAUGUGACAUUCAGCAAGUUAUACUGUGUCGCAAACAUUCACCAUUAGGAAUUUGGCUUUGAAGCUUCUGUGAGGAACUUCUAGUUUGUGGAUUCUAGCGCCCCCUGUCGACAAAAUAGAACCUCUUAUUCCUUUUCUAAUUUUGUCCUGUACGUGUUAAAAGUACUUACUGGUGACACAUCUCAUCCUGCUCUAUUUCAACAAUAAAACAUAUCACUCUUAAUGAAUCUUUAUCUUGAAGAAUAAAAAAAGCCUCUUUCAGCUGCAUACUGUUGAUCACUUUGUAUGAAACCUUUAUAUGGAGCAGCAAUUUUAGGCAUUAAUAAUUACAAUAUAGAAAGAAUCAGUCUCGUUGCUGACGGUCUUGUGUGCUUUAGAAGAUCAUUCAGAGCAGUGGUUCUCAACUGGUAUGGCCUCAGGACCCACCACUAGUUCCUUCAUGAAAAGUCCCGACCCAAAUUUAAGAUAUUUUUCAACCAAUCAGAUUUGUUCAAUGUGAAGUUGUGCAGUUUGGGCCUCAGACAGUAAAGCGUGACAGAAGAAAAAAAAAAAAAAAAAAA